AUGGCUAUGCCAGUUUCGACAGAAACGGGAGUAACCGCCCCCUCAACCGUUUCGACGUCCUCUCCAAUGACACGACAAAAAAUGGGAACCUUUGUGCCCCCAUUUACUGCUGGUGUUCCUUUGACUAUCAGUGUCCCAAGUUAUCCUUUAGUCAGGCCUAGGCUUGAUGAUCGAAACACAAAUGUGCAGAACCUUCUUAGGGAACAAGCAUAUGGUAUGCCAACUUCGAUGAUGGCAAAUGUGCAUAAUAGUGCGUCCGCAUUUGCAGAACAAAAAAAUCCGUUCACAAUUACAAUUGGUAGGGGAGGAGGUUUGGCUUGUUUAUGGAAUAAGAAUUUUAAUUGCUCUAUCACAAACUUUUCCCAAAAUCAUAUUGAUGUGGAUGUUAAUGAUUCUUUGAGGGGAAGAUGGAGGUUAACUGGUUUUUAUGGUAUGCCGGAAGGAGGAAGAGGGAGGGAGUCUUGGAAUUUACUUCGACAUAUAUCCAAUCUUUCCCAGCUUCCUUGGUGUAUUGUUGGAGAUUUUAAUGAUAUAUUAGCAACAAAUGAAAAGAAAGGAAGGUCAGAUCGUCAACCCUGGCUCAUUCAAGGUUUCAGACAAGCUGUCAUGGAUGCUGGACUUGCUGAUAUUCAUAUGGAUGACUAUGCCUUUACCUGGUUUAAAAGUUUAGGCACCGAUCGUGCAGUGGAGGAGAAAUUGGAUAGAGCUAUGGCUAAUGAUAGUUGGUUUGAUAAAUUCCAGAUUGCAAAACUUGAAUGCCUGACUACCACUUCGUCUGAUCACUACCCCCUCUUACUUGAUUGUGCGCCGCAACCCUCUACUAUUGGUGGCCAACGUCGUUUUCGUUUUUGUAAAUGCUUGUGGAGAAAGAAUGUUAAUCAAAAUACAAGGCAAGAAAUUCGUAAGACUCAACGCAAGCUUGAAGCUAUUCGUACACAUGUGGAUGCUUCCAAUUUAUUUCAAAAAUCAAAUGGGUCUCGUGCCAAUGUUAUUAAUUUAGUUCCUGCCACCAUCACCAUUGAAGAUAAUUUUAUGCUAACUGAGUCCUUUACCUUAGAAGAGUUCAAACAAGCAGUUUUUUCUAUGCAAGCAGAUAAAUGUCCAGGGCCUGAUGGUUUUAAUCCGGGUUUUUAUCAACAUUUUUGGGAUACUUGCGGUCCUGAAGUAUAUAUCAAGCAGGUUGUCAAUGCCAAGGUGCUUGCUAAUAGGCUCAAACAGGUGCUCGAUAAAUGCAAAGGCCAAAGGAAAGAAGGGGAUGUUGCACUUAAGUUGGACAUUAGUAAAGCUUAUGAUAGACUAGAUUGGGAUUAUCUACGAGAUAUCAUGAUUCAAAUGGGUUUCUCAUCUCGAUGGGUUAACGGAGCACCAGUGUGUCCUAUUGUACCAGGGUGCAGCCUUCGUCAGGGUGAUCCCAUUUCACCUUAUUUAUUCAUCAUUUGUGUUGAGGGUCUUUCCUCCUUUAUUCGUGAAGCUGAACGUCGUAAUGACAUUAGAGAGGCUGUUUGUAUGAAGAAUAUUUUGGCUACUUAUGAAGAAGCUUCGGGGCAGGCCAUUAAUCUCCAGAAGUCAGAAUUAUUUUGUAGUCGCAAUACUCCAGAUGAUUUGAAGAAUCUCAUUGCUACUACUCUGUGUUCGUCAAGUGUUGGGAACAGUGUUUUCCUUCUUCCGGGAUCCCUCAUUAAUGAGAUAGAGAAAAUGUUAAACUCCUUCUGGUGGGGUCAUAAUUCAGCGAAUUCUCGAGGAUUGCACUGGCUAUCUUGGGAACGCCUUUCAGUUCUUAAGGUGUUUGGAGGUAUGGGCUUCAAGGGACUUAAGGCUUUCAAUAGGGCUAUGGUUGGCAAGCAGGCUUGGAAGUUGGUUUCUUCUCCAGAGUCUCUAAUCACUCGUUUACUCAAAACUAAAUAUUUUCCUCGAAGUGACUAUUUUGGUGCUAGCAUAGGCCAUAAUUCUAGUUAUGUUUGGCGUAGCAUAUGGAGUGCCAAAGAUGUGAUUCGUCGUGGUUUUCAAUGGAGUAUAGGCACAGGAGAACACAUUCCAGUUUGGGAUCACCCAUGGCUCAGUAAUGCUGCACGAAUUUUACCGUCUUCUCAUCAUCAUUUGGGAUGGCCAUCUAUCACGUUCGAGAGGGAUGGUGCCUAUUCAGUUAAAAGUGCUUACAAGGAUAUUCUAAAUCACGAUGAGGCAGUUGUACAUCAUCGUGUGCCGGGAGUUCAAUGUACUGAUAGGUGUGCAGUAUGUGUGGAUUUUGGCGAGAAUAGUACACAUAUGUUCUUUAUGUGUGAUAAAAGCAAGAUUUGUUGGCAGCGGAGUGGAUUAUGGAGUCUUUUGAUGGCUGUUUUUGAUAUUGAUGCAAGUUUUCCAACCACUGUGUUUGCUAUCUUACAACACUUGGACCAGCAACAAAAACAAGUUUUCAGUGUGACCCUCUGGAGUAUAUGGAAGCAUAGAAACAAUAAAGUAUGGAACAAUGUCACUGAAACAGCUGAAGCUAUUUGUGCUCGUGCAGGAUCUGUUCUUACUAGUUGGAGGAAUGCUCAGUCUAUGCGUCCUCCUAUCACUCAGCAUCCCGCUACCCCGAAUGACUUGAAGUGGAUUAAACCAAGUCCCGACAGAUUUUAA